UCGUCUUUUGCUAACAACCCCUUCCUCUCCUCUCCUCUCCUCUCCCGAGCGCUCGCUCCUUCGCUCACAAAUUAUAUAUAUAUAUAUAUAUAUAGACACACACACACACACUUCGUUCCCUCCCCUCUCCUCUUUGCCCUAAAAACGACGACGAUAUCGCCACUCGUCUCCGCGAUCGGGGACCCAAAUUCAUUUUGUGAAAUUUAAACGAGAAUGACGACAUAUAGUCCUAAGAACAUCCUGAUAACAGGGGCGGCUGGCUUUAUUGCCUCCCAUGUCGCCAACCGCCUUCUCCGUAACUACCCCGAUUACAAGAUCGUGGUUCUUGACAAGCUUGACUACUGCUCGAAUCUCAAGAAUCUCCUCCCUUCUCGCUCAUCCCCCAACUUCAAAUUCGUCAAAGGAGAUAUCGCGAGUGCUGACCUUGUCAACUUCCUUCUCAUCACAGAGUCCAUUGAUACCAUCAUGCACUUCGCGGCCCAGACCCACGUCGACAACUCCUUUGGCAACUCAUUUGAAUUCACCAAAAAUAAUAUUUACGGGACCCACGUCCUCCUUGAGGCCUGCAAGGUCACCGGCCAAAUUCGACGGUUCAUUCAUGUUAGUACUGAUGAGGUCUAUGGAGAGACCGAUGAGGAUGCUGUGGUUGGGAAUCACGAGGCAUCACAGCUUCUUCCUACAAACCCAUAUUCUGCUACAAAAGCCGGAGCAGAGAUGCUUGUAAUGGCAUAUGGGAGGUCAUAUGACCUACCCGUCAUAACUACUCGAGGAAACAAUGUAUAUGGACCGAACCAGUUCCCUGAGAAGCUUAUCCCAAAGUUUAUUCUCUUGGCUAUGAAGGGUCUACCUCUUCCAAUUCAUGGAGACGGAUCUAAUGUAAGGAGCUACUUAUAUUGUGAGGAUGUUGCUGAGGCAUUUGAGGUUGUUCUUCACAGAGGAGAGGUUGGACAUGUUUACAACAUUGGGACGAAGAAAGAAAGGAGAGUGAUAGAUGUGGCAAAAGAUAUUUGCAAGCUUUUCUCUCUGGACCCUGAUAACGUUAUUAAGUUUGUUGAUAAUCGGCCAUUUAAUGAUCAAAGGUACUUUUUGGAUGACCAGAAGCUGAAGAACAUUGGGUGGUCUGAGAGAACAACUUGGGAGGAAGGGUUAAGAAAGACUAAGGAAUGGUAUACAAGUAAUCCCAAUUGGUGGGGCGAUGUUUCUGGCGCCCUAUUGCCUCAUCCAAGGAUGUUUAUGAUGCCUGGGCAGUUUGAGGGUUGUGAAGAGACCAAAGGAAUGGUCUAUCAGUUCACAAAUACUCAAAUGAAAAUGGUGGUCCCCACUUCAAAAAACAGUUCUCAAAAGCUGUCUAUUAAGUUCCUGAUUUAUGGUCGGACAGGAUGGAUCGGUGGGCUUCUUGGGAAGAUAUGUGAGAAGCAAGGCAUACCCUUCGAAUAUGGCAGGGGUCGGCUUGAAGAGCGUUCUCAGCUGAUAUUAGACAUUCAGAAUGUUAAACCAACACAUGUAUUUAAUGCAGCUGGUGUGACCGGUAGACCUAAUGUUGAUUGGUGCGAAUCACACAAGCCUGAGACGAUUCGAACCAAUGUUGUGGGCACUUUGACUCUUGCUGAUGUCUGCAGGGAACAUGGGCUGUUAAUGAUGAAUUAUGCAACUGGAUGUAUAUUUGAAUAUGAUGAUGCUCAUCCGCAAGGGUCAGGUAUUGGCUUCAAGGAGGAAGACAAGCCAAACUUUACCGGAUCAUUCUAUUCGAAGACCAAGGCUAUGGUUGAAGAGCUUUUGAAAGAGUUUGAUAAUGUCUGUACACUGCGAGUUCGAAUGCCCAUAUCUUCUGACCUCAGCAAUCCUCGUAAUUUCAUUACAAAGAUCGCGCGAUAUGACAAAGUGGUGAACAUUCCGAACAGUAUGACUGUCUUGGAUGAGCUUCUGCCAAUAUCAGUUGAGAUGGCAAAAAGGAACUGUAGGGGCAUAUGGAACUUCACGAAUCCCGGCGUCAUCAGUCACAAUGAGAUCUUGGAGAUGUACAAAAGCUACAUGGAUCCCAACUUCAAGUGGGCCAAUUUCACCCUCGAAGAACAGGCUAGAGUAAUCGUCGCUCCUCGAAGCAACAAUGAGAUGGAUGCUUCCAAGCUAAAGAAUGAGUUCCCUGAGUUGCUAUCUAUCAAAGAUUCACUGAUCAAGUAUGUCUUUGAGCCCAACAGGAAGGUCCCCGCCAGGUUAGGUAACUGAGGUAAGUAAUAUUCCUUACGUUCGAUGUUGCUAAAUUUUUUUGUUUGUCAUUAGCUAAUAGAACCUUAAUUCUAUGCAUUGAAGGCAGUGUCGGCAUUAUAUAGUAGGAUAUUCAUCAUAUUAUAUUCAAUUGGUAGUUCUCAGCUAGGGCAAUUUGUCAUGCUGUGAUGAUAAUUGCCCCAAGUUGUUACCUGUUUUCGUUUCUUUAGCGUUCUUCUUGUAUUAUCUAUUGGGUUUAUAGUGCAAUAGCGCACAUACAGUUCUCCUACGACCUAAUGCCUUGCCCAUUUGAAAUCAAUUUGUAUCCUAUUGAAUUCAUGUUUAUUGUAAUUCUUAUUCGAUGCGAUUCAUGUGAAUAUCAUGUACACAGAUUGUGAAGAAUGGCUGUUUAAUGAGAGGUCCUUGUGUGAA